CUUCUCGACAUUUCCAGACCGUUCCCCUCUCUUCCUCCCGCAAAACCCCAAAAACCCUUUCUCCUCCGUCGAUUCCUUCUCACGAUCAAAUCUCCCAUUUGAAAAAAAAUAAAUUAAAAAUUAAAAAAAAAACUAAAAAUGUUCGGAGUAGUGUUCCCAGAUCGCAGCUUCCCCCUCGACCCCUCAUCCUUCACCCAGAUCGACCCCCUCCACUACCUCCUCGACAUAAACCACCUCGCCGGCGACUCCUACCACCAAGUCAAGACCCUAUGCAUCUUCCUCCUCCCCUCGCGCCGCCUGCUCCUUCCAUCAUCCAAAGCCUGCCGUUCUACAUCCACCCCCCGGGCCUCACCCUCCUUCGUCUCUUCUGGCGGCGGCCGUUUCCACCCUCUCCCGCCGCCUCCGCCUCGCUCUCCCUCGCCUUGGCCCGACCCGCCGACACGCCUCGCCGCUCGCCGUCCCCGGGCGCCGACGAGGCGUGGCCUCUGCGAGGAUCGGGUCUCGGUCGAGGACAUCGCGUGCGCCUCCGCCGGUUCCGACGCGGGGGCGGAGGCGAGGAUUGAGAGGAUGGCGAUGAAGGUUGGCGAGAACCUGUUCAAUUUUAUGCAGUCGUUUUGCGGGGUGGAUGGGAGCAGGUUGGUCGUGCCUACGGAUAUUUUGGAUCGCUGGUUUAAGAAGUUUCAGGAGAGGGCCAAGAGGGAUCCUAGUUUCUUGAAGGAGUUCGCUGCUUAGAGAGUUUUGAUUUGUACCUGAAAUUUUGCUAAACUCGUAGUGGAAUGAGUUCUAUUAGAAGAUCUUGUGCUCGAGCUUAAAGUGCGCUUAUCAAGGAGAUGCAGGAAGUGUAGGAUGGUUGAAACUUGCUUAUUGCUCCUAAUGAGACUGUUGUUAAAGGAGGAGGCUUUGUGGGUUACGGAGAUGGCUAAGAAUGAUCCUAUUUACUUGAAAUUGGUUGCAGAUUAGGGAGAUGGAGAUUGAAAACCAAGUGUAUGGUUUUUUUUCAUUUUUUUUUUUAAUUUUGGGGAAGAGCCAAUGUGAGAGGUGUAGACGCGUUUUAUAUCGUGGUUUUUUCAGUUUUAUUCGAAGUUUAAUUGUGUCUGAAUUUUCGCUAAAAUUUUAGUGAAAUAGGUUUAAAUCUAGAA